AUUUUAUAUAUUUUUUUUUUUAAGGACUGUUUUGCCUUCACAAUGUUUGGCGAUUUAUUUGAAGAGGAUUUUUCCUUUAUUUCAAACAAUCAUUGUGGGAAAGGGAAGAAAUCAAAGCCCAGAGAUUCUGAGCCUCCAGCUCCCAGGGAUUUCACCAAACUAAGUGGUAUCAAAAAUCAAGGUGGGACCUGCUACCUCAAUUCCCUUCUGCAGACUCUGCUUUUCACACCUGAAUUUAGAGAGGCACUGUUCUCUCUAGGACCUGAAGAACUUGGGACUCUGGAUGAUAGCAGUAAACCAGACGCAAAGGUUCGAAUAAUUCCAUUACAACUUCAACGGUUAUUUGCUCAGCUUCUGCUCUUGGACCAGCAAGCUGCAUCCACAACAGACCUUACGGAGAGCUUCGGGUGGAACAGCCACGAGGAAAUGAGGCAGCAUGAUGUGCAGGAAUUAAAUCGGAUUCUGUUCAGUGCUUUGGAAACUUCCCUUGUGGGGACUUCGGGUCAUGACCUUAUCAACCGAUUGUACCAUGGGAUUGUUGUCAACCAGAUUGUUUGUAAAGAAUGUAAGAAUAUCAGUGAGAGACAGGAAGAUUUCUUAGACUUAACAGUGGCGGUAAAAGGUGUUACCGGCUUGGAGGAGGCCCUGUGGAACAUGUAUGUAGAAGAAGAGUACUUUGAAAAUGAGAACUUGUAUCGAUGCGGAGCCUGUGAUAAACUUGUUGAAGCUUCAAAGUCUGCUAAACUACGCAAGUUGCCACCCUUUCUCACCGUUUCUCUCCUGAGAUUUAACUUUGACUUUGAGAAGUGUGAACGAUACAAGGAGACAAGCUGCUAUACAUUCCCCAUCCAGAUAAAUCUGAGACCUUUUUGUGAGCAGACUGAAAUGGAUGAUUCAGAGUACAUGUAUGAGCUCUUCUCUGUUAUUAUACAUAAAGGUGGCUGCUAUGGAGGACACUAUCAUGUUUAUAUCAGAGAUGUGGAUGAAUUAGGAAACUGGCAAUUACAAGAAGAAGAAGAUAGGCUGAUUGAAGAUAAGGCUUUAAGAGAUAUUGAAAAUGCCAAAGAAAUAGAAAAUCCGUUGGCAGUCUUAAAAGGGAUUUUAGCAGAGGAAGAAUCUAAACAAAUUCCCGUGGAUCAAUUAGGGCAGAAAUUAUUGGAGGAAAAAGGAGUAUCCUGGAAUAAGAAAUACCGAAAACAAUAUGGACCAUUACGAAAGUAUUUGCAGAAUCAUCCUCAGAUAUUUCAGUUCAGUCCUGAUGAAAAUAAGGUUGGUCUGAAGGAAAAACACAAGCUCCCGUUUAAGUCGGAUUCUCAAGGCCAAGAUUUCCAAAGCUCUCCUCAGAAGAACGAUGUCCAGUGGAAUUCAGAAAAAAACCCUACCAGGCUAAGGGAUGGUUCUGCUGGUUGCCAUUGGUUUGAUCUGAAUGAUUCAAAAGUCCAGCCCAUCAAGGAGAAGGAUAUUGAGAAACAAUUUCAGGGUAAAGAGAGUGCCUACAUGCUGUUUUAUCGAAAGUCUGAGUUAAAGAGACCACCUGAAGCGCGAGGAAAUCCAAGGUACCAAAUUCCUGAACACCUUCUGAAUGAAAUGAAUGCUGCUAAUACUGAGCUGCAAAAAAAGAGAGCGGAAUGUGACUCGGCAAACAAUGGCAUUGAUUUACAUCUCCAUUUGAGCUCAUGUUAUAAAUUUCACAAUGGGGCUUUGCAUCCUUCACUUACUUGGAAAGAGAGUGUCGUGGAUUUGACUAUUGAUAGAAGAAAAACGCUAGGAGACCUUCGACAGUCGGUAUUCCAGAUGUUGGAGUCUUGGGAAGGAGACAUGAUUCUCAGUGUUGCCAAGUCUUUACCAGCAGGACUGCAUCUUUACCAGAUACUUGAUGGAGAUGAGCUGACACUGGAUGGCAUCGGGCUGGCUGAUGGAGCAGACCUCUUUGUGUGGAAUGGGAAAGAGGUUGGUGGUACAAAAGUGAUGACAGGCCCCGAUCACGAACCUGUGGUCAUAAAUGUUCUUCGUUUAGCAGAAUAUAACGAAGGAGGGAAGGGUCAGCAUUUCACAGAAUCACAGCACGUCUUUUCAUGCAGCACGAAAGUGGCUGAUCUGCACACAGCCUUAGCGCCGUCAGGAGGAAUCAUUCUAAAGAAUGGCUCAGGACUAGAUAAAGAAGCCAAGAACUGGGAAGUUUUUCGUGAAGAAGAUAUGAAGGAAACAGUCAAAAGCGUUGGUCUGACGGAUGGGUGCUCAGUACUAAUCUUAGACAGCCAUGACCAGAGCUUUGUGAAUGUGUCAAGUGGCAAUCUGACUGCUUUUACAUAUGACAUCAGCUGGCUCCAAGUGAAAAACUUCUGCAGAACGGAUGGAGACGAGAAACACAUUAAAAUUACUGCCACGAUUGAAACGGUGAUGUCAGAUAUCAAAAGGAAAGCAAUACGGGAGCUUCAGCUAGAGGAGGAACUAGCAAAUGACAGCUGUCUUAGACCUAUUAGCGGAAAUGGGAAACUUCUAUCUCCAG